AUGUUGCAAAUCGUAGGCCGUAACGAUGCCCGUGUCUUUCUCAGCACUGAAGUCAGUCAAAACGAUGACUGGAUCCGCUAUUCUACGGGUUACGUACUAUCCACCUUCGACUGCAUCCGUAAGAUCAAGCAAUGGCACCCAAUGCUGCGGCCAAUGGUUUACUGGUUCCUACCCGAAAGAAAAGAGAUCAAUUCGCAAUGGGCCUGCGCCAAGAAACAUGUCAAGAAGGCCAUGGAAGCCCGCCAGCACAAGGGCGACAGCCUCGAGAAUCCACCUUCCAUGCUGGACCUUCUUAGCUCUGGCAAAAACAGCCAUCUUGCCACGAGAAUGGAUGACCAAGUCCUCUACCAAAUGACACUGAUAGCGGUUGGGACGGUCACAACUCAUGCAUCCAUUGUCCAGGCCGUCUAUGACCUGGCCACCUAUCCCGAAUACAUUCCGAUUCUGAGAGAAGAGAUUCAGUCGGUGUCUCGAGAUCAUGAUGGGUUCUUCACGAAAGAUGCUGUUAUGGCGUUGAAGAAGUUGGACAGUUUCAUGAAAGAAAGUCAAAGACUAUCUGCAGGUGAUCUGAGUAAUGACUUCCUGUCGCGUCAUGUGAUGAACGUAGUAGCUGAUACGCUGUUCCUAGGCACAUUUCAGCGAGAAGCUACGGCAGAUCUUACACUUCCAGACGGAACCUUUAUACCUAAGGGCACGAAAAUCGAAGUAAACACAGCAUCCAUACAUGUUGACGAGGCCUACUACCCCGACCCUCAGAGGUUUGAUGGACUGCGAUACUAUAGGCUACGUCAGAGACCGGGCGACGAGAACAAGCACAUGUAUUACAGUGUUGGAAAGAACGACCUAUCGUUCGGCUUUGGAAGACAUGCUUGCCCUGGUAGGUAUCUGGGACACCUCAACAUCAAGCUAGUGAUGGCAGAACUGUUGAUGGAGUACGAUGUUCAGACUACUUUGAAAAGUGGCCGGCCGAAGAAUGUCGAGUUUGAGGCACUUGUGGCCCCUGAUCCGGACUUUGAAAUUCUUCUCAAAAGUCGACGUCAUAGCUAG